AUGAGCGGCCAUGGAGAUCCUCGAUUGCUCUACACGGUCGGAGGCAUCAAGGCCUACCACAUCCAGCAGGGAGAAGAGAGCCCCCUCACACCCUCAGGGCCGCAGACGCUCUCGCUGCUGAUGGUCCCUACCAACUCGCCCUUUGCAGAUCUCAGCAACACGCGCGGCCAGAACGAAGCGCCUGAAGAAGACUUCUACCUCCACUUGAACCUGCCUCCUGAGCUCGACCUCCCACUCCCCGCGACGACGCAGAUCUACCACCAACCGCCGCGCAGCUACCUGAUACCGCGAUGGGACUUGGGCCCAGAGAGCGGCGCCUUCACACGCAUUGAGUUCCCGCCAAUUGGCAAGGGCUCGACUUCGGUCACGCAGGAGGACGUCGACACCUUCGAGACUAUCUUGGCGCAGUGCACAGCCUUCCUCGAGCGUGCGCAAGCUCCUCAGCACGAGAAGGGCAAGGGUGACGUCAAGGCAUACAACCCCCAGGACUACCGACCAGGCGAGGGUUACGUAGGCAGCGGCAACAAUGGCGAGGUCGUUCUGGUCGACGAGGAGAAUGGUAGCGUCGUCGGUGAGCUGGCUGAGGGUGCCAUGAUCCACGCCGACCCAGCACUGAAGCAGGGCUCCAAGAAUCCCGUUGAAAUCGUCGUCUCCCCAGACGGCAAGCGCAUCGACAUCCGCCCGCUCGAAGAAGACUACCUCGAAAUGGCCCGCCAUCCCGCCUACAAAGACUCCGGCCUUGUACAGAAUGCCGCCGCCGCAUCUCGCCUCGUCGUCACCGGCUCCAGCUACAUCAGUAACAUGAUGGUGUCUGGUGCGGAGAACUUUAUCAGCAAGACCAAGCCCAACGAGAAGCCCAUGGUCUUCAAGCCCGCGACCCACGAGCGCGUCCGCAAGAUCAACACCCUUACAACCGGUGUCGCUGGCUACUCGGCCAAGACUGUAGGCCAGCUCACAAAGUACGCUCAGAACGCUGCGGCAGGAAUGGCAGGCCACAAGAAGACACACGCCAAGAGCGUGAACCCAGAUGGCACACCAAACACAAACUACAAACCCGGACUGCUGAACAAGAGCUUGAUCGCCUUCUCCACAGUCGCAGACGGCAUCUCGCACUCUGGCAAGCAACUCUUGACAAGCAGUGGUGCAGCCGCCUCUGCAGCUGUCGGUCACAAAUACGGCGCCGAAGCAGGACAAAUCACGACCAACCUCGCUGGCGGCGUCAAGAACGUCGGCCUGGUGUACAUUGAUGUAACUGGCGUGAGCAGGAAAGCCAUUAUCAAGUCUGUAGCCAAGGGCAUGGUUGUUGGUAAAGUCAAGGAUAAGAAGGGCAAUGAGCAGACUGUUCUUGUUGGUGGAGGCGAUGGCGGUACUGUCACGCCAGGCGACUUGGGCAUGGGCGCAUCCAACAAUAAUGCUCCUCCCAACCAGAGUGGUAGCGCAGCGCCUGGUGGUCAGGUGAGCUUUGGAGGCCCGCCGCCUAGCUAUCGGACGGGUGUUGGUGAGAGCCUCGAGGGACAGCCGGCAUACUACCCGCAGGAGAAGAGGUAG